AUGGCGCAGUGGAGACGCUUUGCUUUUUUUGACAAGGAAGUUCUCAAAGAUGCGAACGGUCCAUGGAUGAAAGGCGUGGAUAUCACUAGCAUGAGCGCCAAUCGUGGCCUUAUCUGCGUGGGAGAUGCUGAUGGAUCUGUUUACUUAGCCAACCGCUCAAUGGAAGCUCGUAAAUUUCAGGCUCAUGAGAUGUUCGUAUCACAUGUCGUCAUGAUGAAACGUAGUAACGUGCUAGUGACAAUCGGUGAUGGUAUCGAUCCAAGAUCUGAGGAGCUGCGAGAACAGUCAAAAGUCAUCGCUGAAGCUGGUCGUGCACCCAAUGCGGAAGACAUGUAUACAGCUAAGCCAACCGGAAAAAGCACUGCAAUAGUGCGUUUCUGGCGCACCGACCAGCAAGAUCGAGAAGGCAAGCCUAAGCUGAUGCAGCAGAUCCCUAUUUUUGCUAAAAAGUACCCCGAAGAAGCAGUGACCGCGUUUGCAGUGAACGACGACUUGAGUCAAUUUGCGGUGGGGUUAAAAAAUGGCGCCGUGAUCUUGUUCCGAAGUGACUUAAAGCGACGUGCUGAUCGCCCACCUCAUCUGCUGCAGCCGGCAGGACAGUAUCCAGUCACUGGACUAGCGUUUACCAGUAAGCCUGUCACAGUUACUCUGUCGCAUGUAUUUUUGUAUGCAUCGACGGGUCGUGGACUCACGUGUUACCAUUGCUCGCAUGAUGAUCCUGCCUUGGUUAAAAGUGCUGGUGGUGCAGCUGCACUUCCGCCGCGUACGACGGUCCUUGACGAGCGUGGUGUGGAAAUGAAUUGUUCUUGUGUCAACGAGGAAGGAGAGAUUGCUGUCGGACAGACGGAUGCUGUUUACUUUUACACGACUGAAGAUCGUUCCGUAUGUUUUGGCUUUGAAGGUGAAAAAAAAUUUGUAUGUUUUUUCAAGCACUAUCUAAUAGUGGCACAUGUGGACCCGCGUGGACGACACCAGGUAAACGUUUACGAUCUCCAGAACAAGUUCAUCGCGUUUAACUGGACGCUUACUAGCACAAGCUCUAAGGGGCCUAUACGAAAGGCACCGCUCUCUUUAAAUGCCCGUGCACCCGGUGCACGUUUUGGAAUUGACGAGAUGGAAGAGAUUCGUCACGUCGUCUGUGAGUUUGGCGCAAUAUUCGUGGUGUCUUCCAUGGGCCACGUGUACCGCUUGAGCGAAAAGGAUACGACGUCCAAAUUAGAGAUUCUGUUUCGCAAGAAUUUAUACUCAAUUGCUAUUUCGUUGGCUUUCAGCUCAAAUUAUGACGUCAACAGCAUUAUCGAUAUCUUUCGCAUGUAUGGUGAUCAUUUGUACCAAAAAGGAGAUUAUGACGGCUCAUUGCGUCAGUACGUACGUACAAUUGGUCAUGUUGAGCCAUCAUACGUAAUUCGUCGUUUCUUGGAUGCACAACGCAUUCAUAAUCUCACGGCUUAUCUCGAGGCUCUCCAUGAGAAAGCGUUUGCGAAUGCCGAGCAUACAACACUGCUCCUGAAUUGCUACACAAAGCUCAAGGAUGUGCAAAAGCUGGACAAAUUUAUUCAGUUGGAUGAGGUAAUUGAUGCUAAGAAGACGAAAACUGACCGCAAUUCUGGCGACUUGAUGCUCAGAAAUGGAGGUGCGACAGCUAACCUGAACUUUGAUGUCGAAACUGCCAUCAGUGUUUUGUGGGAAAACUACCCGCAGCACGCCUUGACGCUGGCAAAAAAGCAUGAAGAACAUAGUUGGUAUUUGAAAAUUCAGCUGGAUCACAUCAGCUAUGUUGAUUCGGAGGACUCUGCUGCGCUGUCAGAGAGCGAGAAGGAACGCGUGGCCGAUGCAUUGGAGUACAUUGAACAUCUAAGCUUCUCAGAAGCCGACUCAAACUUGCGAAAAUAUGGACGCACGCUCGUGACACAUAUGCCAGCACCUACAACAGAGCUGCUGAAGCGACUGUGCACCGGAAAGUUUGUUCCUAGCAAUCCAUCGCUGAAAUCUGACCCGGGUGAUUUCUUACAUUUGUUUGUGUCCCAUCGUGCGCAAUUGAAAGAAUUUCUGCAGUACAUUGUCGAGGUGGAGACGAUAAGCAACACGUCGAUCGGUAACACGUUGCUGGAGAUGGUUCUUAGUGAUGAUGAUGAAGGUGAAAAUGGCUUGCGCUCCGUGGAAGAGAAGGAGGAUGCUGUGCUGCGUAUUCUCGAUAACCCCCGGGUCAAGUAUGAUGAAGACCAUGCGCUGAUUCACUUGCAAAUGCACAGCAUGAAAAAGGGAAAGCGCUAUUUGUACAACAAACUGCACAUGUAUCACAUGUUAGUGCAGUUCCACAUUGAAGAGAGCGAUGAUCAAAGUAUAUUAGAGGAGGUGCGUAAGCACGGAGAAAAGGAUCCGAAUCUGUGGUCUCUGGCCUUGAAGUAUUUUGCAGAAAGAGGACCACUACCCAAGGGGGCAAUUGAUGGAGAAGAGUGGAAGGAACUUAAGCAGCUACUUGUUUUGAUCGACACAAACCCAGCAAUUCCUCCCCUCCAGGUGGUGCAGGUGCUUAGUCAGUCCCGCGAGUUACCAGUAUCAGUCAUUAAGCAAUAUGUAGUGAGCCAGCUGGCUAAUGACGAAAAGAAGAUAGAGGAGGACGAGGAGAAGAUCAAAGCGUUUAAGAGCGAUACAAAGCAGAUGAAGGACGAAAUCGCCCAGUUAAGCAGUCGUGCUGUGGUUUUCCAGGCAACAAAAUGUGACUUAUGCAACCACGAUUUAGAUCUUCCUGCUGUGCACUUUAUGUGUCAACAUAGUUUCCAUCUCAAUUGCAUUUCUGAGACCGAUCGGGAGUGUCUUACGUGCUCAAUGGACCACCGCCACAUUUUGGGACUCAAAUCACAGCUUGAACAAAAAGCAGGAAACCAUGAGCAGUUUUACAAUCAGCUUGAAACUGCUGUAGACGGUUUCCAUACCAUCGCAGAGUAUUUUGGAAAGGGCAUUUUCAAGAGCAACGAGGUUGUGCUAGACGAAGGUUCAUUUGAGACGCGAUUUAGUGCGGAGUUUUAG